CGAGACCGACCAGUACGUGUUUCGCUAUCAAUAAAGGUUGUUCAAAUAAACUGUGACGUCACAAAACGAAAUGGCAGCUAGUGGUGCGUCCGUGACGGUCCUAACUCCGAAUGGAAGAAGGCAGACAGUUAAGGUGUCCCCAAAUACACCAUUAUUACAGGUGCUGGAGGAGGUCUGCAAGAAGCAUGGAUUCAAUCCCGAUACUCACGGUUUGAAGUUUCAAAGGACUGUUCUCGACCUGACACAGCAGUGGAGGUUUGCCAAUCUGCCCAACAACGCAAAGCUAGAAGUGGUGCCAAGUACAAGGACACAGACUGUAUCUGAUAGCCAGGUGCGGAUUGCGUUGCAGAUGGAAGAUGGCUCUCGUCUCCAGGGUAGCUUUUCGUGUGAGAAGAGUCUUUGGGAACUCCUGACACAUUUUCCUCAGAUCAGAGUGUCGGAGCUGUCAGAAUCUGGGUCCACUCCUGUGUGUGUUUACAUGAGAGAUGAGGUGUGUGGGGAAGAGGCGCUCAAGAAGGCCACUCUCAAGUCAUUAGGCCUUAUGGGAGGAAGUGCCAUUGUCAGGUUUUUACUGAAAAGGGACAACGUACCAGAAGAUUGCAUGGACACAACUAAAGUCGUCAUUGUGCCAGCCCCCCCUGUUGUCACUGAAUCCCAAAGCUCAGCCUGUCAGCUUGAUCCUAUUCCUUCUCAUUCUGAAACUUCAAUGUCACAAGAGACGGCCAAAAACUCUAGCCCUGCUCAGUUAAUCGAAACGGUCCCGGUGCGCACUCCUGUUUCUUCCACUCGUACCCUCCCUGUACAACAGGAAAAAAUCAAUGAUACAAAUCAACCAAAGGCUCCUCUUGAAGUAAGACAAAUGUUAGAAGACUGUGGUGAGGAGGCAGGGCCUUCAGGAGUCAACUCCCACUCGAUCGAUCGAUCAUCAUCAUCAUCAUCAUCAUCAUCAUCAUCAUCAUCAUCAUCAUCAUCUACUUCUGAUCCCGCGGUGCCAUUCAUUCCUUUUUCUGGAGGGGGUCAGCGCCUUGGUGGUCCUAAUGGAAGUGCAUUUGGACACGUGCUUUCCUCUCCUUUGUCAUCUUCAUCAUUGUCAGCGUCUGCCGUAGAAUCGCCCAAAGCCAAGAAAGCCAAGCCUUCCCAUAGUUCUGCCCCCAAGCAUCAAGCCACUGCCAAAAAGUCAGAUAGGAUUAUGGAUGGAGCAGAAAGGUUCUUGGCGCCUGUCGAGAGAGAGCCUCUCAUCUACCACAUUGAUCACGUGUGCCAUCGCUCUGAAGAUGACGCGGAGCUGCCAGAUGAGUUUUUUGAAGUGACUGUGGAUGAUAUUCGCAAGCGUUUUGCUCAGCUAAAGAGCGAGAGGAAGUCAUUGGAGGAGGCACCGCUGAUGACUAGAUCUCUUCGAGAAAAACAGAUGAAGGAGAAGAUAGACAAAUACCCCAAAGUUGUGCUAAGGAUCCAGUUUCCAGAUCGACAUGUUCUACAGGGCUUCUUCAGGCCCCUCGAGACAGUUGGGGCUUUAACGGAUUUUGUAAGGAGCCAUUUGGAAGAUCCGCUGCUCAGUUUCUACCUCUUUAUCACACCCCCCAAAAAAAAUCUGGAUGAUCCUGCUGUCACACUUUUUCAGGCUGACCUGUUUCCGGGUGCCCUGGUGUACCUCGGCUCUGACGUGAAGACAGAAUUGUACUUAAAGAGGGAACUCCUCGAAACCUCUGUGUCUGCUUUGCAAGCAAACGAAUCCAUUGCAAGCUGCAUGUUCCCGUCAGCAAAGCAUUCGCCCAGCUCUUUGGACACUCAAGAACUCCCGCCUCCUCCAGAGCCAACUGCAGACACCGGCGCAUCCAUGCAGGACGAUGAAAAACAACAGUCAACAAACACACAGGCUGCUAAGCCUAGCAGAUCGGACGUUGGCAAGGUGCCCAAGUGGCUCAAACUUCCAGGUAAUAAAUAAGACUGUAUUUGAGGGUGACAAGUGCAACCAAGCCAGAUGUUGGACACUAGCUGCCUUACACAGCCAAUAUAAGCACUUCGACCUCAGCUUUGUGAGUGCCGCACACUUAAAUUCCACUUGGAUGAUGCCUGUCAUUUUAAACAGUGUGAGGUAAUGUGUUGGAGUGAACAAUUCAUAUUUGAUGAAAAGAUUCAUUUGAUUUCAUUAUGGUUGAUGUGUGUGGCGAAAAAGUGCUGGAUAUGUUUUGUUCAAGACAGCUUAAGAAUAGUUAAAUAAUAAAUGAUGCAAUUUGAACAAUA